CACGGCAAAAAUAUCCGAAUGGUGUAAAGCAGCCAGAUUAUACGCAUUGGCGCAUGCCCUUUACAGAGCACCAACCUCGCUGUUUAGCCGAUGGAUGCUACAUACCAAAAUAUCGUAUAACGCUUCCAAUGAUUGUAUCCAGGGCCGCCACGACUUCCCUAUCAUCAAAUGUCACCGCACGCUACUGCAAAGGAUUACUAUAAGGAUACUUAGGUGAAGACGAAUUAUAUAAAUACGCAUUAAUCAAAGAAGAAGAAGAAUUAUUUAAUAUUUUAAGGUGUGGCGCUUCAAUCAACGUCCAUAUUGAAACAAGUGGGAAGAAGGGAUGGCGAAAAAGUCCUAUGAUUUGCUCUUUAAAUUAUUAUUAAUCGGCGAUUCUGGUGUCGGUAAAACGUGUAUAUUAUUCAGGUUUUCGGACGAUGCUUUUAAUACAACGUUUAUAUCGACGAUAGGUACGAGAUUUGCAUUAGUUAAUUUCUUAAUUUAUCUUAAUCGUCAUUUAAGUACACAUCUUUUAAUUUUUUAUAGGGAUACAGCAGGUCAAGAGAGAUUUCAUACAAUCACUACAUCUUACUACAGAGGUGCAAUGGGUAUAAUGCUAGUUUAUGAUAUUACUAAUCCAAAGAGCUUUGAUAAUAUUGCUAAAUGGUUACGGAAUAUAGAUGAAGUAAGUUUAGUAUAUUUAAAAUUUCAUUUUUUUUAUAAAAUUUUAUCUAAAAACAAAUUUGUUCAAAUGUCCUUAUGGAAGUUUUGGUUUAAUGAAAUUAUUUUGAACUUAAAGCAGUUAUAAUUUAUUUAAUAGAACUUAAAUUUUGAGUCAUAAAAA